GAAGAGAAAAGAGGAAGACAAAGAAGAAGCAAAGAAGUAUACGUUCGAUGGCUUGCAAAUUUUGAUGAGUUUUGAUUCCAGAUCGAUUUUUUUUAGCGAUUUCAGAACUUCCAUUGCAACUAAGUGAGUAGCAUUCAUCUUCAGAAGAACCCUCCAUUUUCCGAAAAUAAUGGAGGAAACUGGAGUGAGUAAUCUGGUUUGAUCUAUUGAUUCGUCCGGAGCGGUCGGGAGGUGGGUGGAGCAGAUUCUUGAGCUAAAACUUUGUCCCUGUUUGGCUUCAGUUUCAUUGAACUUGUAGCUGCCUCUGAAAAAAGCUUGUCCGUCACUACAGAUCCUGAAAUAGGGACAUUUGAAAUAAACUGGGUUGAAUAAUGAGGGAGUUAUAAAGAGGUCAGAAUUUCAAGUAAAUGAUUUCCUCCUUUCCAGACCACUGGGAAUCCGACGUACAAUCCUAACGAGAACAAUUUUCAUUUUACAAAUUUUCCAUAUUUUUUCAUGUAUCACAUGACUAUGCAUGCAAUUCAUCCAUUCGUAUAAACAAAGAAAGUUUGUCAAGCUAUGAUCAGUCGUAGUAGUAGACUUGCACCUCGUAGAAUAUUCUCAUUACAUUCUAUCUCAAAAGGAUGCCCUGAAGUUGCAAUAGCACCUUCAAAUCCUCAAGAAAUCAUAUAUCAUCAUCAUCCUUACAUUAUUAGUCUCCUUUCCUCCUGCACACACCUUCCUUCUAUCCAACAAAUCCAUGCCCUCCUCAUUAUUUCGGGAUUUAAACCCCUCAAUUUAUUAUAUACCCAUCUUAUAAAUUCCUACGCAUCUUUGAAAAGAUGCGAUUUGGCCCGCUCUGUCUUCAAUUCUAUUCCAAACCCAUGUACGAUUUUGUGGAAUUCGAUUAUCAGAGCUUAUACAAGAUCAAACCAAUACAAGGAAGCGUUGGAACUGUACAGAUGCAUGUUGGACAAGUAUAUAGAACCCGACAAGUACACCUUCACAUUCGUUUUGAAGGCUUGUACAGGAAAUCUUAACGCUCGAGAAGGUAUUUCAGUUCAUCAACAGAUCAUUAGUCGUGGAAUUGAAGGUAAUGUAUUUGUUGGGACUGGGUUGAUAGAUAUGUACUGUAAAAUGGGCGAUAUAUGUGUUGCCCGAGAGGUGUUUGAUAGAAUGCCUGAGAAGGAUGUUACAACAUGGAAUGCGAUGAUCGGCGGUUUAUCAGAGUCCUCAUCUCCUUUUGAGGCAAUGAGGCUUUUCUUUAAAAUGCAGACUCAUUUCAGGUUAGAACCCAGUUCAGUAAGCUUGUUGAAUCUCUUCUCUGGAGUUUGCCAGUUGCGAGACAUUAGAUUAUGCAGGUCCCUUCAUGGGUUCAUAGUCAAGAAAGACUUUCCCAUUUCCAUCUUAAACGGUUUAAUCGAUAUGUAUUCGAAAUGUGAACGUGCAGAUAUCGCCCGCAUGAUUUUCAAUCGGAUGAGAAGAAAGGAUGAUUUCUCUUGGGGCUCGAUGAUGGCGGGUCACGCUCAUAAUGGUAAUUUUAACGAUGUUUUAGAAUUAUACGAUCAAUUAAGCAUGAAAAAUCUAAAGAUGAACAAGAUUUCACUAGUAAGCGCUGUUUUAGCGGCAGCUGAGACUCGAGAAUUGGAGAAAGGAAAGGCAAUUCACGAAUGUGCCAUUCGAGGAAUGGUCGAUUCUGAUAUUUUGGUUGCUACUCCUCUUAUUAAGAUGUAUGUGAUGUGUGAAGAAUUGCAAAUUGCAAAGACAUUGUUUUCAAGACUUAAAGGAAAAGACAUAGUUACAUGGUCUUCCACUAUAGCUGCUUUUGUUCAAUCAGGAUACCCUAGAGAAGGACUCUCCAUAUUUCGUGAUAUGCUAGCUAACGGUUUGAAACCAAAUCGAGUCACUAUAGCAAGUGUUCUUCCUGCUUGUUCAGAAUUGUUAGACACAAGACUUGGGAUGAGUAUACAUUGCUAUUCUAUCAAAAUUCACGUCGAUUCUGAUAUCUCAACUGCGACCGGUUUGGUUUCUAUGUAUUCUAAAUCUCACCUAUUUACUCUUUCAAUGACUAUAUUCAACAGGAUGUCACGCAGGGACGUGGUAACUUGGAACGCUCUAAUAACCGCGUAUGCACAUGCGGGCGAUCCAUAUCGUGCAGCUAUAACGUUCGCCGACUUCAGAUCUUCGGGAGAGCAACCUGAUUAUGGAACAAUGGCUGGGUUUAUUUCAGCGUGUGCAAUGAUGGUAUGUGAUUUGAACGUAGGGAACUCCGUCUAUGGGUUAACGAAAAAGUUCGGAUUUGAAUCCGAUCGCAAUAUUAAGAACGCUUUGAUAGAUAUGUAUGCAAAAUUGGGUAGCCUCUCAACUGCUGAAUUUUUUUUUAACGAUAUUGAUUUCGACAAAGACGAGGUUUCUUGGAACGCGGUAAUAGCUGGGUAUGUUACGAAUCGAUGUUAUGAGAAAGCCAUGUCUGCUUAUUAUCGUAUGAAACUAGAUGGAUUUCGGUUUAAGCCGAACAUAGCGACUAUCAUGAGUGUUGUUCCUGCAAUAGCAAAUCUGGCAGAUAUAAAAGAAGGGAUGUCUCUACAUUCAUAUGUAAUCCAAACAGGCUUACUAUCAUACACGAUAGUUAAAAACAGUUUGAUCGAUAUGUAUUCAAAAUGUGGUCGGCUUGAUUCGUCGGAGAGAAUAUUUAGCAGUAUGGGGCUCGAAAAGGACUUAGUUUCAUGGAACACUAUGUUGGCAGCAUAUGCAGUUCAUGGGGAAGGUGAUCGUGCCGUUUCAUUUUUCUCAACCAUGCAAGAAGAAAAUGUCGAAAUUGACUCAUCUUCGUUUUUAAGCGUGUUAUCUGCUUGUAGGCAUAUGGGUUUAGUAGAAGAAGCGAGAAGGAUAUUCGACAAUUGUGAGCCGGGCAUAGAGCAUUACGCUUGUAUGGUUGAUCUGUUGGGACGGGCAGGCUUGUUUGAUGAAAGUUUGAGUUUGAUUAGGGAAAUGAAGAUGGAACCGGAUGGGAGAGUUUGGGGAGCGUUACUAAUUGGAUGUAGAUUGCAUUCGAAUGUGAAGUUGGGGGAAAUGGCUUUAGAUCAACUUAGAAAACUCGACGAAGAGAAUUCAGGUCAUUAUGUGGCGUUGUCGAGCUUAUAUUCUGAAUCGGGUAGAUGGGUUGAUGCGAGAAAUUUGAGAAUAAAGAUGAAUUGUGAUGGAUUGAAGAAGAAGACUCCGGGAUUGAGUUGGGUUGAUGAGAUGAAAAGGGACCAUUUGCAAAUUGAUGCUUGAAUUUCUUGUUUUAUUAUUAUUAUUGGUAUCAAUAUAAUUUCUUCUU